UUCGUUCCAAUUUAAAAGCCUUUUACUGAGCGACGCAUACAAUUAAAUUGCAUGUCACGGCUUCAUUGUGAUGGACUUCACGUGGUCAUACCCUGUUUCCCUUCAUGUCUACGACAUGUCUAAAGGAGUGGCUCGGCAGUGGAGCACCCCGAUGCUCGGGAUACAACUGGAUGGGAUAUGGCAUACGUCCGUCGUGAUCUAUGGCAGAGAAUUCUUCUUUGUCAACGACGGCGUCCUCAACUGUUCACCUGGUAGCAGUUUCUUAGGCCAGCCUGACAGAGUGAUACACUUGGGUUCCACUGAGGUGCCUGCAGACGUAUUUAAGGAGUAUCUGCGGUCCCUGAAGGAGUCAACAUACAGAGGUGACAAGUACAACCUGUUUGAGCUGAACUGCAACACAUUCAGUAAUGAGGUGGCUCAGUUCCUGACUGGCAAGAAGAUUCCCGCCCACAUAUUGGCCCUCCCAGCACAAGUCUUAUCCACACCUUUAGGAGCGGCUCUCCGUCCAUAUCUGGAUUCCAUGGUCAAAUAUCCAGCAGGAAGCGGCUUAAGCGGACAGUGUAAUUGGUAACAAAAGGUCACAACAAGAGGCCUUUCCAUCAGAAUUUCUGAACAUGUAUGCUGCAAUCAGAGAAGUGAAUGAGUUUGUAUAUGUGGAGUUACAAUAUGAAUUAUUUGAUUGAUUUCAUUUGAUCAUUUUCAUCUACUGUGUCAAUCACCUGUACAUACUCUUAAUAUUCAUUGGAAGCCAUAGUUCUAGCUAUGUUGUGCAAUUUGUUGCUUUCAUCUCAACACCCUGCAAGUUGCGGGGAAUUAAAUGGCACCGCUUCAUGUAGUUCCAGAAACGGACACUUGGUGUCGUUGCCUCACAACAAUCGAAUCGUGAAAACAUCUGAAACUAUCAACGGUACAAACUGGACUCUGGAUGUGCACUUUGAAGUACUUCAUUUUAAUGCAAUUUUGAAACGCAUCUCUGUGUUUUUGGUGUUAUUUAUUGCCCUGUGAGUUGCCCGUGUCCCUGACAGCACAAAGAUGACGGGACAAGGUUUCCUAGUUUGGUGAAGUGUUAUUUAUUUUUCAGGGCAACACCUGGUGAGGUUUCAUGCCUUUUUUAUAUAUGUAUAAUCAACAAUUUGUUGUCAUUGACAUCUCCAAUACUUCAUUAUUUUAAAAGUCAUAUGGAAGUGGUUGAAAUUGACAUCAAUUUGUGUUAUUAAAAGUGUCUACCAAACUAUUCUUUUUGAGAAAUUAAUUUGUAGACCAUAUACACCUAGCUGGAAUAUGCUGGCAUCUUCUUGCAUAUCUGGCGUAACAGUCAUUUUAAUGGGCACAACAUACAUACCCAC